AAAGUGAAUUUAGUGAAAUUUAAUAUUGGAAUAUAGUUACAACAAUAAUAUAUCUUCAAAAUUUAUCGCGCUUAAUCUCGCAUGUCGUUGUCUUUCUGCAAAUCUAUUCUCGCCGACUAUCGCGGCGGAUUCUUUGUUCUCGAGGAUAUCUUGAACGUUAAUUCUGAUUUUCGAAUACGUUUAUAUCGAUUUUUAUUCUGAAGACUCAUCGAUCGAUGUUUAAAAAUACUAUUAAACUACUAAAAAUACUAAUCUGCUCGCAAGAUGUUAUAGUUAAAAUAUUUGUCUUACGGAAUGUUAAUAUACAUUUGGAAUUUUACGACGCUCUUGCUCUUGUGUCAAAACUACCAUUACAUGGAUCAUAGCUGCUUGAGCUACUAUUGAGCCUCUUAUAAUAAUGUUCUUUCGAUUAUAUUCUUAAUCAUUUUUCAUUUAGUUUGAUUUAAUUUGAUUUUUGUAAUAAGUGACUGAUAAAGAGACUGUGUUUCGAGAUUAUAUACUUUUUAUCGGUUCUCGGUUUUUAUCGAGAGAUAAAACUGCAGAAUGCAGAGGAAUCAGUUAACAGCCAUGUGGCGUACAGAAAUAUAUUUUAUCUUCAUGAUUCUAUUAUGCGUUCAGUCGAUAUCAACGACGCAAUAUGCAACGGAUACGUGUCACAUGUCAAAAGCGUUGAGUGAUGAGAUAGACUCUUAUGCACCGCUUGUGCACAAAAUAAUUAAUGAAACAACGCAAGGUUCUUUCAAAAGCAUCACGUGGCAAGACUUGGCGACAUUCGUUGAUAAAUUCGGUCCGAGAUUCGCCGGCACUCCGGUUCUCGAGGAGGCUAUUAAUUACGUGUUAAACGAAUCGACCAGGUUAGGCUUUGAGAACGUUCACGGCGAACCAGUUACUAUUCCGCAUUGGGUCAGAGGUUCAGAAUCUGCGACUCUUUUGCAACCACGACAAAAAGAUCUGUCGCUACUUGGUCUGGGUUAUAGUGUCGGCACACCGGCGGAAGGCAUAACUGCAGACGCCGUUGUAGUGAAUAGUUUUGCCGAACUUAAGAAAAGAGCGUCAGAGAUUCCAGGAAAAAUUGUCGUUUACAAUCAGAAAUUUGUCUCGUACGGCGAGACCGUGGAAUACAGAAGCUCCGGAGCUACGAGGGCCGCGGAAUUCGGAGCUGUAGCCGUCUUGAUCAGAUCGGUAACGCCAUUUUCUUUAUACACUCCGCACACCGGAAUGAUGAGCUACGGGGCGAACGUUACCAAAAUCCCGGCAGCUUGCAUAACUGUCGAAGACGCAACUAUGCUGAGGAGAAUGGCGAAUCGAGGGGAAACAAUAAGAAUCAAUCUGAAAAUGGAAGCGAAACUUUUACCCAAUGUUCAGUCGCGAAAUGUUAUAGUCGAUAUCAGGGGUUACAGCUCGCCUGAAAAAACGGUCGUAGUUUCGGGACACAUUGACAGCUGGGACGUUGGACAAGGUGCGAUGGACGACGGAGGUGGCAUCUUCAUAUCCUGGACGGCACUGAAAUUACUGAAACAUCUCGGCCUUCGGGCACGAAGAACGAUAAGAACGAUAAUGUGGACCGUCGAGGAACUUGGCAUGAUCGGAGCUCGUCAAUACAUACAAAAGCACGAGGCGGAGAAUGAAAAUUUACAAUUCGUUAUGGAAUCCGAUAUCGGCACGUUUAAUCCAGUCGGUUUGGACUUCACCGGAAACAAGAUGGUACAGUGCGUGCUUCAGAGAGUAAUGCGAUUGUUAGAUCCGCUGGGUGACAUGAAAUUGAGGAGUCCCUGCCAGGGGCCUGAUAUAGAGUAUUGGGUGAACGCUGGUGUGCCGGGCGGCAGCCUUUGGAAUCAGAACGAAAAAUAUUUCUAUUAUCAUCAUACGAACGCAGACACCAUGCUGGCAGAAAAUCCAAAAGCCUUGGAUAUGAACACAGCCAUAUUCGCAGCGGUAUCGUUCGUUCUAGCAGACAUCAGCGUUGAUCUACCUCGACACAACUAUACACGCGAGAUGUCUCUCAAUGAAGUCAACUGAAUCUGAAUGCGUAAAAUUACAAUGUUCGUGUAUAAUGUGUGUGUGUGUAUGUGUGUGUGUGUGUGUUUGUGUAUGUACGUAGACCGUCUUUAUUAUCAAACCUGUCUGUAUAUAUACAAUCGCAGCAAUAUAAACAAUUAGGCCUACUAUAACACCUAGUCUGAACUCUUUAAAAGCAUCAUCAGAAAUGCACUUGAUCGAAACGAAUUCCAUGAACCAUCCACGAUUUUUGUCUUUUCUCCUGACUUUAACUAUGUACGUGUGCGUGUGUACGUAUGUGUGUGUGUGUCUGUGUUGCGAUGAUUUUAUUAAAAAAUUAUCUAUUCAAAAUGUAUACUAUGUCUGCUAUUUCGCAAAAAUUCUAGAAUUAGUAGAAUGUACGCAUUUUCCACGAAGUGUCACACUACUGGGACAUAUAUGCCACACGUUUACAAUCUGCAAUAAAGCAAAAUAAAUAAAUCA